AUGUUGUCGCGCGACCGCAAGCGGCCGAUGGUCAUCUACUACUCCCCCACUGCUGUGGCGGCCCUCAGCGCGUCAACGGCGACCGGCGCCGCAGCAACUGCGCCACCGACAACGGCGCUCGACAGCUGCACCAGCAGCUGCAGCAGUAUGUUCACGGACAACGAGCUGUCGGACGACGAGUCCCCGCGGUCCCGACGCGGCGGCGGCGACGACCGCUUCGACGUCGACGCCAGAGCGGACUUUGCCGCGAGCACCGGCUCGAGGGACCUGCGGCCGCGCGGGGCCGGGGGCGCGUUCUCGCGCAUGUCGCAGAGCUUCACGCGCGCGUCCGAGCGCUUGGACGCGUCGGCGGGCGCGCGCCCGAGCGUCAAGUACGACGUGGCGUGGCGCGAGGACGACGACAGCGCGUGCUGCCAGCUGUGCUUCGCCAUGUUCACGAAGCUGUCGCGGCGGCGCCACCACUGCCGCGUGUGCGGCGAACUCGUGUGCGGCGCGUGCUCGCAGGCGAUGGUGUCGCUCACGGACAAGUUCACGGCCCCGCGGCGCGCCUGCGCGGCCUGCUGCGGCCUUUUGCAGGCCAUGGCGCGCGCGGGCGACGGCCGCGUGAAGGUCGUCGAGGCCGACGGGGCCGGCGCUGCGCCCUUCAAGCGGCACCACCAGUCGGCGCCCGUGGGGGCCACGUGCCACUCGCCGUCGAUGCCCGCGGCCGUGGCCACGCCGCGCUAUCGCGACCGACUGACGGAAGUGCAGCGGGUCAUGGCGGCCGGCGAGUUGUCGCGGCGUCGCGCGAGCGCCGAGAAGAAGAUGUACGUCAUCUCGAGCCGCUGGCUGCGGCAGUGGAUGGCGUUCACGUCGUCGGCCUCGAGCUACGACUCGCGGUGCAGUUUGGGCUACGGCUUCAGCACCGACGUGGCCGUGGCGGCGUCUCCCCGGCACAACGUCGACGCCAAGAGCGCAGGCAGUGCGCCGGGACCCAUUGACAAUUUGUCGCUGCUGGAGCUCUCGGGCGGCAAGUUGGUGCGUCGCCCCGGCCUCGUGCGGGACGAGGCGUUCUCCGGCGACGCCGCGAGCGCCGGGGACGACGGCGCGGACUUUCAGUUGAUUUCGCCCGAAGUGUGGGAAGUCUUCCAGCGGCUGUACGGUGGGGCGCCGGCCAUUGCAGUCAACUUGACCUGCGCCGACCCGAUGGCGUGGCGGAUCGACGUCCCGGGGCUGCUGGUCGCCGGCACGAACGCCAAUGGCACGAAAGUCCAAGUGCCGCCUGCGGUCGAGCGCGCGCUGACUGCGCGGCACAAGGUCGGGAUUGAGGUCGCGAACGUGCGGGAUCGGUCGCAUAGGGCCCGAACGCCAGUGGCAUCGGCUUCGCAUCGGUCCGCCGACAGUCGGUGCACGACGUCCAAGUCCAAGCCACAAGCGCCCAAGAGUCCGGCCGAGACGGUCACGAGCAGCGGCAGCAGCAGCAGCAGCAGCUCGUUGAGCGAAGAGAAGGAGCGCGGCCGCAGUCCGAAGCGAAGUGGGAAGAUGCAGCUGGAGGACUUGGAAGCCGACGUUGCUGCUCUAGCGGUGGAUGUGGCAAAGGCCCCGGCCGUGGCCGAGGACGACAUUCGGGCCACCACUUCUGCACGAAGCCCAACCGCUGCAUUAGCAGCUUCAGCGUUUGCUGUUGCAAUGAAGCAGGCGAGACUGAACGCGCAGAAGGCCAUUGACGAUCGGGCGUCGCGUGUGAUCGCAGCUUAG